CCCUUUCAAGACGAUUUGACGACCACUGCAUUUACCUCUUUCCUCCAGCAGGUGGCGAGCAGCCUGCUGCUCUGCAAACGGCCACAGAAGAAGCAAGAAGCAACAAUUGGAGAAAACCUGUGGGACUCUAAGUUCUCAGAAGAUGCAUCUGCGUCUCCCCAAAGAUCUUCUAUUCUGAAGCUGAGUGCCCCCCUUUUCCUCAGAAAUCCUAAAUUCCACCGACUUCCACUGAGGAACUCUGUUGAUACCACCAGAGAACAAUUCCCUCAACUUCUGCUGUGAAAGCAGGAUGGAUGCCUUCAGAAAAUUACAAAGCGAGACGCCACAAGAGCAGCGUGAGCCGCAGCUCAGGUUCACCGCAGAAGCAGCUGUCGCCCUCCUGCAAAGCUUCGGACUCGAUAAGGACGACUUGGAGGAGCUUCUUCUGUACCCAGAGGAGCAGAUGAGUCCGGCCAUGCUGGCUCAGAUCCUGUGGAAGAUUCGUGCAGAAAAGGACCAAAGAGCCCAAUCCGAAGCCAAUCCAGAGUCCUCCGGGAGUCCAAGCGGAGCCGCUUUUAAAUCAUGUGAAGAUUUUACUGGAAGGAGGAGUGGUUUAAACGACAAAGGGAGUUCAGUAAAAGCUCAAUGUUCUAGCGUUAAAACUCCAAAACCGCUGGGAAAAUCAAAGCAGCUCCGGAGCUCGAAAACGUCUGUAGAGAAACCAAAGCUGAAAGCCAAACAAAGCCUCAAAUCCAAGGUUUGUAAGUCUGCUCCUUUGAAGAAGAAGAAGAGGACAACAGACCUGAAAACCGUCCAAACUGAUGGAAAAAACAAGAUUAAAAGUUCAGUAAAAAGGAUAGCAGCCGCUAAACCUGCAAAAACCACAAAGAAACUUGAUCAAAAAGAUCAAGAGAAGUGUCCGAGUGUCUCCGGGCUAACUAAACCUACAGUUGUCCAUGCAGGACCUUCUCACUCCAGCAGACAAUUCCCAACUGAAGUUCCCCAGAGUCUGCCCACGAUAGCUAUGAUUCAGGACUACGCUGCAGAAACGCCCAGAGUGUUUCCUCAUUCCUGCUGUCUGUGCGGCAAAAACUCUGAAGACAUGAUGGACUGGUUCUUCCAUCAGACCAGCAGCCUUCACCUCCUGAACUGCAAGCAGCUGCGGACACGAUUUCCGGAGUGGGAUGGAGAGGUGAGGUCCAUCCUGAGAGAGCCGUCACAUUCCCGUCAGUCUCGGGCGUCGACACGUUCUCAGGACAAGCGGCGGUGCCGCCGGCGGAGCUGGGACGGCCGCAGCAAGUCUCCGUCCUGGAGUCCGCCGCAUCCUCGGGUUUCAUCCUCCAGCAGGUCUCGCAGUCCUCACGCCAACCGUGGAGGCAAAGCUCAGCCGGACAGACGAGGGCGCCGCUCGCCCGGCCUCCACCGCCGCCGUGAUUCCACAGAGAGGAGGGAGGGAAGCUGGUCUCCUGCUGGGUCUCCACGUCACAAAUCGAGUUCUGCAGACAGAGGGACCUCCUCCAGACGAGGAGAUGAGGCGCUUCCACCUCCUCCAGCCCUCAAGAGGAGCUGUGGGAGGCGCUCGUCUACAGAAACCCCCCUGAGCAGUGCAGAGAAGGUGGCCAAGAAAAUGCUGAAGAAAUCAGCCGUCCAGGUUCUGUCCAAACAGUCGGACGUGCAGACCGCCGUCAGAACUUUGGCUCCUGUCCUGCUGGCCGAACUGGCUAAGGUGACGUCCACGCCUUUCCCGACUGAGGCGGAAACGCUGGAGCUGGCUAAGAGGGUGGCUAAGAAGCUGUCCAAAGAGAAGCCCGUCCUAAAAAAACCCAAAAAAGUCACAGCUGGAAGUGCGAAGGUAGGCGAGAAUUCACAGCAUCAGAAAAAUGCCCCAAAAACACCUUCCAAGAAGCUUCUGUCCAAAACCUCAGUGGAGAAGAAAAAAGCUCUGAAGAAAAAAGUGGCUGUGAAAGUCAAAGCUGUCGGCGCCAAACAGACCAGAACAAAGAACCCAGAAGGAACACAGAAGAUCCAGAAGAAACCAGAAGAACCGGUGACGGAGCCGACCACAUCUUCCUGCUGCGCCUCAGACACAGCGACUCCGACAAAUAAAGCUUCGACUUCCUCGGCCGCCGUCACGUCGCUGACAGUCGGAGAGCGUCUGGGAGAGAACCUGACCGCGAAACAUUUCUAUUGCUACGACAUAUCCAGACUGAUGAAAAAGGAUAGCUCAAAGGAAACCAAGCGGCUGCUGAAGAUAAAGCAGAUGUUGAUCAGUAACCUCCCCAAGUAUCACGACGGCUGCUACACUCAGGAAGAGCUGGCCGAGGUGCUCCGCCCCUUUGGGUUUGAGCUCGGGAAGAACAACAUCUACGUCGUUCCUCAGGCUCAAAUAGCUGUGGUCCAGAUGGCGUACUCUGCAGGCCUUCAGAGAGCCGUGGCUGCAUCUGCUGAUGGAGUCUUUUUCAAAGAGUCGUGGCUUUGUUUCAAAGCUUUAUCGGCUCGGAUCAACAUGCAGCCGAUUGGCUUUUAUAAGAGUCUGAUGAAAAGGAUGUCUCUUAAGGUGACGGAUGACGGAUCCAGCACCAUCUUUGUCCAAAACAUCUCUCCACGUGAAGUCGGGGAGCUCAGGGACGCUUUAAUGAAAAUUGGCUCCGUCAAGAACUUCAUGCCUUUGCUCAGCAAGGUUUUUAUCGAGUUCGAGUCCGCCCAAGAUGCCGAUCGGCUCGGAGUUUGGUUCGGCCUCCUGAAGCGGCGCUUUGGCUGCGAAGUGUGCAGGCUGAAAACCCCGACGAGCUCUUCGACGGCCCUGCCUCCGAGACUCCCAGCAAAGGCCUUACCCAACAGCAGAGACAUCGUCAACGGAGUGUUCGUCCUCACCACCAAGCGUGACAUUCCAGAGGGUAGCACUUCACCGUUUUGGGUCCCCAUGACAACCAGUCCAUAUUUGUUCCCCACCGCGUCUGCCUGGUUCAUCAUUCCAAGUUACGUCACGGUGAAGGAAACGGCGGACAUCAAGAACGCCGCCCCAAAAAGCUCCAAGUUCUCCACGGUCAUGCUGACCGGUCUGCCAGAAGGCAAAUACAUGUUCACAGAUAUCACCAAGAGGGUGUCUCCAUAUUUCCCCAAAGACAACGAUUGCUUUUUCUCCUCCAAGGUGGUUGUCCUGCCACUGCAGAGAAGGGCGUUUAUCUUCUUUAACAGCUGGAUCAUGUGCAGCACGUUUGCUGAGGACUGCAUCAAGAGUCCGUUUUUGGUCAGAGAUUACCAGCUGAACAUCCACUUUGUUCUGGAGAACCUCCAUCCCCACUCUAGUGAGGAGGUCAUGUACAGAAAUCUGAUGAAAUUGAGCAACGGUUAUUUUCCUCAACCUGCAUGUUUGGAGGAGCGACUGCUGCUUGUGGAAAUCUUCCAGACGUCGGUGUUUCUCAUUAAGAUGGUCAUGAACGCCGUGGCAUCCAUUGCGCCCUUCGUCAGCUUCCUGCCGCUCGCCAACACUAUCUACAUUGAGAUGGCUGAACCCAGAGGAGUGGUAGACGUGGUUAACAGUUCCUCCCUGAGGUCUCAGUUUACAAGUGAAGUCUGGGCGAAGAUCCGAUUCAUUCGACCGAUCAGCGUCAAAGUCCUGAGAGAGAACUUGGAAGACUCGAAUGAUCUUCCCACAUCAAACUGUGAACAAGACACAGGAACCCAUUCCACCUGUGAACCUCCUCAAACCGGUUCUGCUGUCGAUUCUGAACCGACAUCUUCAGCUGCAGCGACUGAAGGCCUGGAGAAUAUUUCUUCAGACUCCGCCUCUGAUUCCUAUUCCCCACUUCGUCCUGCAGCAGAUCCUCAGAUUCAGCCAGACCACACCGAUCAAGUAGAACCGGUCGAGAUGGACGCAUCAGAUCUUCAUAGCAGCCACGAGGAAUCCCAGUCACCUGGACCGGAGGGUGGAGAGAGCAGAGACCAAAUCCCAGUGGAGACCAGAGAGAUCCACGUGGAUCCAGACGAUGGUGGAACCAAAACAGAAGAAGACGACCAGAAACCUGAACCUGUCACCAAGAAGAUUUCCGAAUGUGAAGCUGGAACGGUUCAGGAGGAGGAAGACGCCCACCAGGAGCCUGAUCUUUCUGACGAUCAACCAACAGCAGCAGAGACUCAGUCUGUGGAAUAUGGUCAUGUGACCGUGGAAACACUUCCUGUAGAGGAUCCUUUGAAGACGAGCGAGAAGGUGGAAGGAUUCCAGAUUGAGGAGGAUACUGAAGGACUCAAAGAGGAUGUUCCAACUGGUUUUGGCUCAGACAAGAGGGAGGAGGAGGUUCAUGACGACAAACAAUCGCCUGUGGAGGCUGCAGAGAACGUUCCGGACGAAGUAGCUCCAGAGGAACCAACCGAGAACCCCGCGGAGGAGCUGACGAACAAGGAAUUCCAUCAUGUGAAGGUUCAGCGUCCAGAUCCAGCGGACCAUCAUGUAGAGAACGUUUCCGAGGAUCCUUCAAGGUCGGAGCGAGCUGCUCCAGAAGAAGAGAGUCACGCCGCAGGAGACCAGCCAGCAGCAGAGGUCAAAGAAGAACCUCCGACUCUGGAGGUGAAAGAAGAACCACAAAGGUUUGAGGUCGAUUCAGCUGCAGGUGAAGACGGGAAAGGAGACAAAGACGACCACAAGAACACCUCGGGGUCAACCAAACGCAAACUUGGAGAUGACACAGAAGAACCAUUGAAGCCAGACGAUCCGCAGGAACCAGCAGUAGUAACCAGACCCCGAGGGCGGCCCAGGAAGAAGAUCAGAGCGGCUGGCGUGAGGAGGUCUCCAAGAGGAAAAGCUGAGGCUCCAGGAGAUCAGGUAAAAGAGGAAGAAGAGAUCCAGGAAAGAGCAGAGGAUGCUGGGAGUCUUCCUCUGGAAGUAAAGAAGGAGGAUGAGACUGUUACAGCUUUCAGAAAACAAACAAGAAUGUUCCUUCCUCUUGCCGAAAAUCAAACUCCUCCUCAGUCGGUACGCGUCUCCCCCCGCUCCAAACUGAAGCCGUUCAACCCAAACUGCUCCUACGGCCUGGAGUUCACCGUCCGCACUAAAGCGUUCUACUGUAACCUCUGCUCGGUUUUCUACAUGAGAGAAAGCGUCGAGGAGGACCUUCACUGCUGCAGCAAACUACACUACGACAAACUACGGGAAUAUUACCAGAAGAGAGCACAGCUGAGAAAAUGUUCCAGAAAGUUGACAUAAAACGUCAGCCUUCUCUGAUUUAACCACUGCUGAAAUCUGCCAAUUUAAACUGAAAACGUGUGCUUUUCCACUGAAAACGUGUGCUUUUCCACUGUUUAUUUUAGUGAUGUUUUUAAAGAUUCAAUAAAUACUAAAAUAUUCCACCAAA